CCAGGUUCCCAGGCUACUACAAGUAAGACAUUCCCUCCCUGACAUUUCACGACCAGUGGACAUACAUUGUCCACACUUCCCUGAAAGUAGGAAGGAUAAAAGGCUCUGUUUCCUCCAGCCCUCAUUUAAGCACAAAACAAGACAGAAGUCUGCGUGUACCUCUCCAAAUUGUAGCUUAACCGCUCACUUUCCUCAGAGAUGUCCAUCCUCCUGUUUCUUGUGGCAUUCCUGUUUGGCUGUCCCGUGGGAAAGGCCUCUACCCUGCGUCCCUCCAGGGUGCUCCCCUCAGCAGGGCCUGUGGCCUCUGUCUCCGACGUGCCCGUGGUACCGAUGACCAGUUGUCAAGGGGAACCACUGCAGACCAUCAGAACGAAGCUACUUGAAGCUUUCAGCCUGAAACAGGCUCCUGAUGUGAAUCCGGAAGGCAUGAGUGAGCUGAGAGACCACUGGAAAGCUGCCCUAAGUGUUUUUUCCAAGAAUUCAGAGACAUCCGAGACAGCCACUGUGGGUAACACCGUCACCCUCCAGGAGUCUUACCUGAACAACUCCAAAAGCACCACAACGAGGGUGAGCUGCUGCAAGAUGACAUCACAGGUCUUUAUCAAAGACCUGGGCUGGGAGACAUGGAUCCUGCACCCCGAGAGCUUCGCCUACGCCCAGUGUGUGGCCUGCGCGCCCCACAGAGACAGGGCCCGGCUCCGCUGCGGACCAGCCGGCCUCGCCUCCAGGCAUCAUGCCCCACAGGUCUCCUGCUGUGGGCCUGUGGCGUUCCGCAUGGUUCCCUUCAUCUACCUUGACCACCACAGCACUCUGACCAUCUCCAACAUCCCACUGGUGCAAGACUGCAGCUGCACUACAGACCCUGGCACUGGUAUGGAAAACUAACCACUGGUCUGUCUACAAAUUAACUUUCCAAAGUGCUUGGGAGCCCACUCCGUCUUUGAUGUGCCUUUUUUGGUCUUGGACAGAAAAAAUAACAAAGUGCUUUAGACAUAAGCUUAAUGCCUUUCAGACGCUGUCAUCGUAAGCAUUCGGCUGCUCUUUUCAUGGCAGUUCUCUGUUGGCUCACACUUUGUUUUCUAGGCCAGUCAAAAUGCCCGUUUUAACGUUAUUCCCUAUUAUGGAGAAGAUUCUGAGCGCACAACUGAAUGGAAUGGACAGGGCUUGUCAAAGUAAAAAAACCUUCUGAAUCUACAAGAUUUCAGCAAUGUGAUCUGGCAAACGAUUAAACACACAAGAACAAAGAAUGCCUUUUGAAUAUUCUUCAGAUAUAUCACCAUGCUUUGCAGGCUUAGCAAUGCUUUGGAUAGACUUUUUGGGCCAGUUUUAUAUAUUUCAUGAAAAAAAAAAACAUAAAUCAAAGGAUCCGCUAAUAUCAUUGUCAUUUUGCUGUAAUUUAAUAUCUAAGACACCUUUCAUGUUUCUGUGGGGUUCUUUUUUAUCAUUUUAGUUUAGCUCAUAACCAUAUAAAUAAAUUAUUUUACUGUUGAUAUGUGUUUGGACAGAAAUAGUAAAACAAAUGUGUAUUGUGAGCUAGCAUUUCAGCCUGAUGUGUUAUAGUACAAAACUACAUUUUAGUUCACCCUUUGCAGAGCUAAAGUAUGUUACCUGGUUUUAUUCCUAUGUAAUAUGUAUGUCUGUAUAUGACAUAUCUUGAGAGGGAAUUAAAAAGAUUUAGGAGUUUUGUCAUUUCCCAGACAAACUAAAUGAGAACGGUUUAGUCAAUAAUUACUGGCUGCACUAUUUCAAUGGUGUUUAAUGUAUAUGCAAUAAAUAUAGCAAAGGGGACUGAAAAAAUAGCAUUUGAACCUUGAAAGCUCAAAAUGAUACAUACAUAUACUGUACAUAUACAUGGAUAUACAUACCCCCUACUUUCAAAGUGAAAAUAUAUUUAAACAAUGGCUUUAAUAUUCUGUAAUACCAGUUCUGCUGUUCCCUUCCAUAAUAACAUUGUUUUUAAUGGUGAGCAACUUUUGUUAAAACUCUAGGAUGCACUGUAUUAUCUGGAAGCAUGUGGGGUAGUGGCUAGGGUUCAGGAUCUAUCUAAGACAGGUUCACAUCCUGACACGGGUUCCACAAGGUGUGCCACUCUGAUUAAUUCAGUGAAAUACCAGAUCUUGUGCGUGCAUACCAAUUUCAAGUCACUUUGAAUAAAAGCAUCAGCCAGAAUUACUAUAAUAAUGACCUUUGUCAUCCUCAUACAGUGAUACAGUAUAUCAUGCAGUUUUGG